GCGGCCCGGCCCAUCUUGGCAAGCCAGCUGGGGUCCACCCCCCCUGUCCGUACGGCCCACCACCUUCUCAACCAACGCGCUCAACCCCGCGGCCCACCGUCUCCCCAACAAAACCCCCACCGUCCCAGCGAAAACAAACCAGCGCCAAAUCUUUUGCUCCUCUGCCGCCCUCCCUCUCCAAACCCCCUCUCCUUCUCGGCGUCGCCGCAGACGGGUCGACCCCGAGCUCCGUUGCCGUCGUCUUCCGGCAAGCGCGAUGGGGAAGACGCCUCCGAAGAAGGAGGCGGAGGGAAGCCCCCGGAAUAAAGCUCGGCGGGUGGAUGACGCGGCUCCGACUACGGGUUCUGUGGCGUCGGCACCGAGUCCGACGGGGAAGACGCCGCCGAAGGCGGAGGAGGCGGAGGGAAGUCCGCGGAAGAAAGCUCCGCGGCUGGACGACGCGGCUCUGGCUACGGCUCCUGGGGCGUCGGAGCGGAAACCGACGGGGAAGUCGCCGCCGAAGGGUGUGGCGGAGGGAAGCCCGCCGAAGAGAUCUCGAAGCCCGCGGAAUAAAUCUCCGCGGCGGCAGGACAAAUGGCCCGCAGCGGCACUGCCUCUGCUUACGGUUCCUGAGUCGUCGGAGCUGAUCGUGGAAGCAGCGGGGCGGGCCAGCGAUGAGAAGCGGUGCAAGUGCAAUCACGUCAUCACUGACAGUGCUAUCGAGAAAUUGAUUGCAUCGCUCAGGUCCAAGGACGCAUGGACUUGCUAUGGUUGUUGGCACGAAUUCAAGAAGGGGAUCAUCAGAAUCAGGCCCGAGAAGAGCGAUCUCUUGAUCUGCGUGACAUGCUACGACCAUCUCUGCUGCGGGGUUGGGUCAAUUGCUUACCCGUUUGGGCACUCUCGAGCACACGCCCUGAAGAAGAAGCACUGGUUUGCUGUUCUGUACUGUGAUCCAGAAAGAGGAUACUGCUUCAAGUGUAACACUGAGGUGCCAAUGCCGGUCAAAUUUGGGGAUGGUGACGAGGUUGGUCUUCAAGAGAUCCGCAAUAUUGUCAGUCGAAAGUUACUGGCUGCCCCACCAUCUGUUGGUCAAACUGAGGCGGUCAAUCCAAAGAAGGUGGAAAUGACGGGCAAAGUUCAGGCAGAAAGCCAUCCAUCUGGGUUUGGUGUGGAUCUUGCAGACAAAUGGCCUAGCUAUGGAUCCAGAUCAUCUGAUUCGCAAGGCUAUGCUAUCAGAGGGAUACCAAAUCGAGGAAACACAUGCUACAUGAGUGCAGUAUUGCAGUGCCUAUUUGUGCUUGGUAAGCUGCGAGAAAGGAUGUUAGCAUUGGAUCGUCCAAAAAGUCGCCUUGUCAAGGUACUCAAGGAGCUUUUUCUGGAGGCAAGUGCUGCAGGAGACUUGCUGAACCCAAAUGAAGUUUUGGAAUGUGUAAGCAAGGACUGUGCGCCACGAUUCAGAGUUGGGGCUAUGGAAGACAGCCACGAAUUGCUUAUGGCCUUGCGCGACCUUUGGAACCAAGGUGAGGUGAAUGAUAACUGGCAAAGUCAUGCCCCUACAGCAAUGGAUUCCAUUUUUAGGUUUAAGAUGCUUCAGACACUAUCCUGCAAAAAAUGUGGUUAUUCGUCUCCGACAUCCGUUGAUUUAUGGGACCUGAAAUUGGAUUUCCCAUCAAAGUGGCAUCCAACUAAAAGUGCUGCAUCACAACAAACAAGCGAGAGCCCCAGAUCUCGAAAGAGGGAGAUUGCUGGUCAAUUAUUUCCAGCAGAUGUGCAGAGAAACUUGGAAAAGAUGCAAAUAGUUUCUGGUUAUUCUCAUGUUAUUGGUUCAGAGGUGACUUUGGAGGAAACACAAAAGCCUUUGGAAGUUGAUUCUACUCAAGCGCAACAUAUCAGUCAAAGCAAGGAUGUUGUACAGAGUCGUUUGCAGAUUCAGGAGGGCAAGUCUGUUGAUUCACGGACAGAAGAUUCAAUGUCAAUUGAAGAAUUCCUAAUGCUGUUUUCUGAAGAAGACCAGAUAGUAUGGAAGUGUACUAAUUGUGCCAAGGAUCAUGAGGAGCCAAGUGCCAGUCAAAGUAAAAGUGGUGAGCAGAUAGUGGGAAGCGGCAAUGAAGAUGAUGUUGGAGAUACUAAUAAGAUUCUUCGUUUUACCAUGCUUCCACCUGUGUUAACUCUCCACCUUAAUAGAACUUCUCACCUUGAGGGAGCUAAUGGGAUCAAAAUAACUCGCCAUGUGAGAUUUAUGGAAUACCUUGAUGUAAAGCCAUUCAUGGACCCCAGCUUUGUCGACAAAGGAAGGACCCUCUAUCGUCUAGCUGGUGUUGUACAGCACAUUGACAUUGGCAACGGCAAGAGAUCCUUGAAGUCAGGACACUACAUUGCGUACGUUAGAGCAAGAAGGCUUGGACAUCAGCAAGAGGGUAGCAGCUGUUCUUCCUCAUGGUUUUGUGCAGACGACAGUGAUAUCAAACAAGUCACUCUUGAAGAAGUUCUCAACUGUGAGGCCUAUAUUCUUUUCUAUGAGAGGAUGGAAGGCGAAGACAUUUCUGGCAUAAGACGUCAGAACUAAAGAAUGCAGUAAUAGAACAAGCAGAUGAGUGAGAUAAGCAAACCUUCUCUUGACCGCAAGGAUCCAGUCAGUCAAUGUUCAUAGUAAAACAGGCUCUUGACCAAGCCCAUUUUUGUUGCUGGGCUUCAAACUUACUGUAACUUUGUGCCAAAUCGGAGUUUUUUUUUUUCUUUCCGAUCUUCUCAACUCAGCUGAUCUGCUCUUUCCAUUGCUUUGCCUUUUAGGAUGAAACUGUGAAUAGAAUAGUGGUGAGAUUGGUAAAUCAGUGAUACGGGCUUUGUAAAGGUUCUGUUGGAUGCUGUUGUUACAUGAUAAUGGUUUGCAUUGCCUUGUGGAGAUAUGGACAUAUUUCUCUUGAUGUUGGAGUUUUCCCUGAAAUCGAAAACAGCACAUAGUUUGUUC